CUACCUGUCGAGCGGCGUAGAAGCUCCCAGCUCCCGCCCGGACACCUGGACGAAGGCUGGACGGCGAGAUGAGUCUGCCGGACUACAAGUCACCCGAGAGGCAUUCCGCGCCCGCCGGCCCACACUCUCCUGUGGUGCAGUUAAACGUUGGCGGUCACCUGUUCAGCACCUCCCUGAGCACACUGCGGAGACACCCCGACUCCAAGCUGGCUGAGCUGCUCAGCGGACAGCCCAAAGCACGCACUGACGCACAGGGACGCUACUUCAUCGACCGUGAUGGUUCGCACUUUGGAGCUGUCCUCGAGUUCCUGAGAUCGGACCGGCUGCCCACAGAGAACGUCCAGGAGGUCCACAGGGAGGCAGUGUACUACAACGUCAGACCGCUCAUCAAACGUUUGGAGGAGAGCCCUCAGAUGUUUGGAGAGCUGGUGGGAAGACAGCAGUUCCUCUCCAGAGUCCCCCACUACAAAGAAAACAUCGAGGUGCUGAUUCGUAUCGCCAGAGCCGAGGCCAUCGCCGCCCGCCACUCCACCAUCAUGAUCUGUGUGCUGCGGACGGAGGAGGAUUGGGGUUUCUAUGACAACGCCAUCAACAGCCUGGAGGCGGACAAGGAGUCGGUGGUGACGUUCGGGCCCUGGAAGGCCGUCCCCUCCGUUCAAGACUUGCUGGACUGUGUAAAGAUGGACAUCGAGAAUCAGGGCUACAAGGUGCGCGUCCAGCCUCACGUCGUGGAGAAAAGCUUCCUGUCCAGGAGCUACGACUACUUCUACAAACUCAUUUUCACCUGGUGGUGAAGAGAAGGCUGCUUUUCUGUUUGUAUUCAGAGCAGAAUUUGAACCUCUGCAUAUUGUUUCUGAAAAUAACAGGUAGCAUUUUGAUAAAUUACAUGAGUUAAAAGACCAAGUUGCUUCAGUUUUUCCAAAAUAUUUUUAAGUCAAGCUGUAUGUCUAUGCCCCCGUCUAAAAAAAACACCAACCAUUUUAGACACACGGGGUCAGUACAGCAUCUGUUUGUAAUGGAUUUCAAAGGUACUGUGGUUUCAGAUAGUGAUGGAUCCACCAAAGUAUUUAUAUAUCCACGACUUCUUAAAACAAAGACCUUAUAAUCUUAUAAUUAAUUAAAAUUAAAAAAAAAAUUAAUUAGAUGCUUAUAAAUAUAAAUAUUGUUCCAUAUCCUGUGUAAUGUCAUUGAAAUCAUGUUUUACUGUAGCGAACCUUUAAUGAGCAAUAAACU